AUGGGUUCGGACACCUUCCAACUUGCCGGUCGGCAGUUCCCCAAGGUGACAUGGUGGAAGAAUCCAGGCAUGAGAAAAACCUAUAUCUGUCUGGGCAUGGUGGUCCUGACGGCGGCCACGAAUGGUUACGAUGGAUCCAUGAUGAACGGUCUUCAAACCCUCGAACCCUGGCAGGAAUACUUCAACCAUCCCGGUGGCUCUCUUCUGGGAAUCCUUAGUGCCAUUAUGUCCCUGGGAUCCCUAGCAGCUCUACCGGUCGUACCGUACAUUGCGGAUCUGCUGGGACGUCGGAUGGGUAUCUUGAUCGGUUGCUUGAUCAUGAUCCUGGGUGUUGUCCUUCAGAGCAUCAGUGCCAAUUACGGCAUGUUCUUGGCAGCUCGAUUUCUGAUCGGUUUCGGCGUCGCCAUUGCUCACGGCGCUUCUCCUCUCUUGAUCACCGAAUUGGUGCACACCCAGCACCGUGCCAUCUUCACCACAAUCUAUAAUACCACGUGGUACUUGGGUGCCAUUGUCGCGGCGUGGCUCACCUUCGGCACCAACAACAUUUCGAACAACUGGUCCUGGAGAGCUCCGACCAUCGUCCAGGCUGGGCCGUCGGUCAUCCAAGUCAUCUUUAUCUGGUUUGUCCCCGAGUCGCCUCGAUUUCUCAUCUACAAAGGCAAGCACGAGCAGGCCCUCAAAGUUCUGGCGGACUGUCACGCCAAUGGUGACCAAGAGGACGAAGUGGUUCAGCUGGAGAUGCACGAAAUCAAGGAAACCAUUCGGUUGGAGAAGGAGUUCGAAAGCAACAGCUGGAUGGAACUGAUCCGCACCAAGGGCAACCGACAUCGCAUGAUCAUCUGUAUUACGGCCGGUUUGUUCUCUCAAUGGUCUGGCAACGGUCUGGUGUCCUACUAUAUCGCUAAAAUUCUUGAUUCCGUCGGAUACACUAGCUCCGUAGAGCAGAACUUGAUCAACGGCUGUCUCCAGAUCCUCAACCUGAUCGUGGCUUUGACGAUGUGCUUCUUUGUUGACAAGAUCGGGCGACGCAGGCUCUUCCUCACCUCGACCGCCGGCAUGUUAGUGGCAUUCAUCGUGUGGACCAUCUGCUCCGCUCGCUAUGAUAUCGGCAAGGCCUCGGGGGCGGCGAAUGCCGUGGUCGCCAUGAUUUACAUCUACUACGUGUUCUACAACAUUGCUUGGUCGGGCCUUCUGGUGGGUUACACAGUGGAGAUCCUCCCGUACAGUAUCCGCGCCAAGGGUAUGACCAUGGUGUGGCUCUGCAUUGAUGCCGCGCUUUUCUUCAACCAGUACAUCAACCCCAUCGCCCUCGAUAACAUUGGCUGGAAGUACUACAUCUUCUACUGUGUGUGGCUUGCAGUCGAGCUGGUGGUGGUCUGGUUCUUCUACAUUGAGACCCGUAAUACCCCGCUGGAGGAAAUCGCUCGGUACUUCGACGGGGAGACCGCCAUGAUUGGCGGUGCUGCCGCCACCGAGAAGGCUCGAGAGCUGACAGACACAUUGCACGUUGAGGAGGUCGUUCCGACGAGUGAUACCCAGAAGGAGCAGGGUCGCGUGAGCGAGUUGAAAGUUUGA